UCACUUUACGUCAUAUUUGGUGGUUGACUCAACUUUUGUUACCAAAACAACAAAUUCCUGAUUAUUUUUUUUUUUUACCUAAAUAAAUGUUUAAAAAAAAAACAACACUGAAAAGAAUAAAUGUAAAUAUAUUGGCAAAUGCAGUUGAAUACAAGUGAACUGUACUGCAGUGAUUCUUUCGCGUGCCACUAGACGGACCCCGCGUCCGACUAGCGGCACUCGUACCACACUUUGAGAAUCGCCGUCUGAGACGAAAGCUUAAAGUCUGACUUUCCCCCCACCCUCCUCCCUCUGCUCUCUUCAUCUCGCCUACCUCUCUCACUCUAACUCGCACGCUCAGACGCUCACAUGCAGAAACGAGGAGAAAGCCACAGCGUGAGGAGCAGCGGCGGCUGCGACGGCGGCGGCGGAGGAAGCGCCGUGGGGAUAUUCUACCCGUGAGGACGCUGCUGUUUCGUGUGUGUGCAUGCAUGUGUGUGCGGGAGAGCAAGCAGGAGCCCCUGCUGGCGUCGUCGCGCAGACGGGAAAAAGGGGAGUCGAGGGGGGGAUUAGAGGACGGUGUAUCGCAGGACGCCGAUGUGCGGUGACGACUCCCGACUGCCGUACGCCCGCCCGCCCUACCAACUUCUGUCAUGGCGUAGCCUUUCCCCCGCCCAUCGCCGGGCAUGCAAGGGGCACAAGCGGGACAUCAUCAUUUCUCCUCAGUGCUGCACGACUGACUGAGGAAUCAUGGUGAGCAAGGAGGGCGGCAGAUGCAUGCUCACCAACUCCGAGUCCGACUCGGAGGCGGCGGUGGCACCCUUGCACUCCGCCUCGCUGGCGCUGCAAGUCAAGUAUUCUCUGGACGCCAGUCGACAGGUGAGAAAGCGGAACAAGGCCCUGCAAGUGCGUUUCAAGGAUAUCUGCGAGGCGCAAAAUGAGCAGAGGGAGGCGGAGCUGGCAAAGGACGGGACUCCUCUCUCUUACAAGGCGGCGUACCGCAAGUACAUGACCGUGCCUGCCCGCCGAUCCAUCCCCAAUGUCACGCGCAGCACCGGGGUGCAGACGUCCCCCGACCUGAAGAAGCGCUACCAGACGUUCCCCUUCGAGCGAAAGAAAGGGCACACGUUUAAGCACGUGGCGGCCGUGGAAACGUACAGAGGACAGAAUAACGGCUUUGUCGUGGAGGUGACGCCAGUGGCGCAGCGGUGUUUUGACAACGAGGCAGAGGAGGGGGGAGCCCGCGGGGGCAGUCGAGUUUGGCGGACCAAAGCGCUGCUCCAUACUAAUGAGCGCGCGGCCACUGUGGAGCAGCACACCGCACCUGACGGCCCGUGCGAGGAAGCGUUGCUGCCGAGCUGCCCCGCCAACUCGGACUACGAGCUCUGCGGUGUAACUUCCAAAGCCGGCGCGGGAUUACCACACAGAGACAGGCAGCCGCUCGAUCUGGAGGAGGGCUUGUCCCGAUCGCGAACACUGCCGGACGGGGCCUCUAAGGUGACGGGGCCCAUUGCGUGGAACUCCCUCACGCAAGUGGAGUGUCUGGAUAGUCUGUCGGCACGGCACAAGCGCAAGAAAAGCCUGCAGUUCAACGGGCUGCAGAGCGAGAUCUUGCCGCGGGCCGGUCAAGGCUGCGCCGCGCGGCCGCAGUGCCACGCCGUGGUCGACCCCCAGGGGGCGGCGGACCAGGAGGCCUGUAAGCAAAUCGUGCCUAUGAAUCAGGGCGGGGAUGUUAAAGCACAGCUUCGAGCCAUGGAGAACCUCAUCAGCUCCAGCCAGGAGACCAUCAAGGUGCUGCUGGGGGUGAUCCAGGAACUGGAGAAGGGGGAGGCCCACAGAGAGGGGCUCUCCUAUCGUACCGGACAGGACAUGGCCAACUGCGACACAUGCCGGAACAGCGCUUGCAUUAUUUACAGUGUGGAGCUGGACUUCAAGCAGCAGGAGGACAAACUGCAGCCCCUCAUGAAAAGGCUCUGGCCCUCGGGCGACACCCACUUCCCCGCCCUGCCGUACCCCCACGAGGCCUUCACAUCCACGCCCAAGCGCAAGUCCAAAGCCGAGUCCAAGAAGCACGCCCGAUGGAGACUUUGGUUCAUGUGAACGGGUUGGGGGUGGCGGGUUGGGGGGCCGAAACGUCACGCUUUCCUAACCCGGCGGGCUUCUGUCUGGAGUUAUUUUGGAAGCGAUUAUCUUCAAACUGGGUGUGAAAUCGCACCUGGGGGAGACACUUUUGGCCAAAUGUGAUUAUCGGCUACUUCUGAAGCUGCCGUCUGGGGAGUUUUCAGACCUGGAUAGCAGGACUAUAUGAACUUGGCUCUCACCAUACAGCAAAGCACAACGAAAACAGUUCAGGAUACACUUUUCCCGGAGUACCGGGACUAUUUUCACGCGUGAAACUGUUCAUACCGUCUAAAAGAAGAAACCUACGAUCAAUUUUAUCCAUAUUUCAAACGUCACCUUGACUUCUUGACCGACUUAGAAGGAGAUGUAUAGAAAAAGAAUAUUGUUAAAUGACACUUAUUUUCUUAAUGGAAUUUUUGGACAUCAAAGGACAUUUUUGUCGAUAGCUGAAUCAAAAAGGUUUUACCUGAAUAUAUUUAUGAAGGGGUGGGAAAUAAGUUCAAAUUUAUUGCAAGUAAGCCACCGUCAGAUUGUAGAGUUGAGUCGAGACGCAAAUAUAUAUAUUUUUUGUUCUAGCCCCGAGAAUAGAAAAUACACCAGAAGGGUAACAGCAAAUACAUGUGAUUGUAUUGCCGCAGUUCACCAAGCCAGAACUGAAUGUACAGUUUAACCUUGCAUUUUUGCAGGACUUAAGCUUUUGAAAAAGAAACUAGAGAAUUUUAAAAGACAAAUUUCAGUUGUUGGUUUCUUUUUUUCAUACUCACGUCCCAACUCUAUGAAGGGUGUAACGGUAUGCCCGGUUCGGCAUGAACCUUGCUGUGGUUGGAUUCAGAUUGGGUACAGUGCACAACCAAAAUGCAGAUAAGCCGGGCAGAAAAGGGAUGGAUGAAUCUUAAUUUAAUGAUAAUUUCACAUAGGAAACUGCAAAUUUCCUGUCCCUUACCCAAUAUGAUCCAUGUGGCCAAAGCCAAAUCACCUAAAUACGUGUACCGUCACACCCCGAAAAAACAUCAAUUCAGGGACUCGGAGUUUAUAAAUAUACAUAUAAAAGAUGUUUGCAUUUACUAUAAAUAUAUUGAGUUCCUUAUGGUUACACUGCGAUGCACUGCAUCAAAUAGGGCUCGUUCUAUUUUACGAAUAGUCAUAGCUUACGUGAUUCAAACAAAAAUACAUUUAUUGAUAGGACUGUAGAGUCAUUUACAAACACCUCCACUCUCGUCCGUAGGCGUAACAUUAGCACUGGGAGAGACCUGGAUAUUUAUCUGUACCUUGAAAAAGUGCAAUUGAUUUACUAUGUGCAAUACUGUGUAUUUUAUACUGUUUUGGGGAAAAAAAACUAAUAAAUGAGCAGUUUAAUAUGCAAGCUAUGAAGAAUAAAAGCAGACACCUAUAAAGCUCGGUACUAUUUUUUUCUCAACAGUUAACUCCCACUUUGAAUUAUGUUGCACUCUCUCCAUGCAACAUAAUUUCGCAUUUCUGGUGCCACAAUUGUUCCGCCAAUGUUGAUCAGUGCAUCCGUCCAUCCAUUUUCUAUAGCGCUUAUCCUGCUCAGCGUAGCGGGGAGCUGGAGCCUAUCCCAGAUUACUUCGGGCGAAAAGCGGCCAAUUGCAGGGCACAUAUAGACAAACAAGCAUUCGCACUCACAUUCGAGCCAAUGGAAGAUAUGACUGAUCUUUCAAGACCCACAAAAUAUUGUGUUCCGUGACAAUAUAAGCCCCGGAACCUACUGCAAGAAAGAGUUGACGCUCUUCUUUCACCAGAAAUAAAAUGUUUAUUUCUAUCGUUUUCUGUCCUUCAAUAAUCAGCAGUAGAAUAUGGGUUGAUUUCUUUUUGAAGAAAGAAACUUGUCAAGCAAAACAUUGACUCUGAUGCUAAUAUUUUUUUUGCUUUUGUGACACCUCAAACUAUAAAACAUAAACAAGACUGAGAAGGGCUUUCGAUGGCAAAAUAACAAUUUAUUUCGAGAUAUACAUCUAAGAAAUGCGGCGUGAGCUACGCUGACUCACCAAACGGCCCGAGUUGAAUGUCGGUGGCUUUUCAUUCAAUCCAUGAACUGUCAUCUUUUCUCACGAUUCCGACACGCACUUUCUACUACCUACCUCAAGACAUAAUCUGUUUAUACCUUACAUAUACAGUACGUAAUCUGUUCGAGUUUAAGGUACCUAAACUUGUUCGGCUUCCAAAGUGUUGGCAUUUCUUUCCCUCAUAAUCAGCGUGAAAUUUUAGAUCUGCUCAAACAUUGUGCUGAUCUCAAAUCCAAAGCAAUGCAACACGGCCAUCUGCAGACAGGCAUCUGUUAGUCAUUACAGUGGUUUACAAACCUGAAUUUCACAGAUAAGCUGGGCGAGACCUUCUUCCAUGCCUCCCCGUUGAAAAAUGUACUCGACGAAUAUAUACGUCGCUGGCAGUAAACGAUUGAAUUCCAGUGGACAAAUAUAAACAUUCGCAGCAGUGAAUGAGUUAAAAGUAAUUGGUAAGUGUAAGACAAUUUACUUUUCCCAAAGAGUCAAAUCAAGUAAUGUUUUUUUGUAAUGCCCUUUAUCAAGUCCGAGGCAGGCACUGUUAAUAGUUUGAAGUUUGGAUUUUUAUUGAAGGAGUUUUUUGGGGUUGUUUUGUUGUUGGCCUUUGAAAAAAGAUUUAUAUCAAAAAGAAAGGUAGUUGGAGAUAGAUAAAUAGAAGAUGGAGAGACAGAAUAAUUCAUGUUAUCUGUUUAAAUACAAAAUAAACAAAUACCAAUGAUGUCUUUUAUCGCAAAUUUGAUUUCUCGUGUUUAUAAUAUUAAAGUUUGUUUAGUCCAGAUUCAGUGUUUAAGCAAAAUGUAAGUUUGUUGUCAUAUGAUAAACUUUAAAGCUACAUUUCUGGAGAGAAGGGAAACAUGAUUUUUCAUUAAAUAUUGAGUUUGGCCUGCGACGUUGUCCCAAUUUUUUAUUUUGGCCCACCGUGAAUUUGAUACCCCUGGUCUACAUGAUGGCUCUUCAUCUACAUUCCGUCUGCGCACCUGCAAAACGGAGGAGUGAGCGGAAGGAAGCGGAGUAGAACGCUAAUGCAUAAAUCUAAAUGGAAGAGGCUGCCACUCAGCUGGACGAGGUCGGGGGCCGGGCCGCUGUGAGCGGCGCAGAAGGCGACCGCCACGCUUCCCGUCACGGCGGGCAAAAAAAUUCAACCUGACUGAUUAUGAAAUAUUUCUGUGAGCGGCUUCAAAGGCAGAAACCCCUCGAAUUUAAAAGGCAAUAUGUUUUAGCAAGGAUCUAAGAGCGCCCUUUCACACCUGGAGAUGUUUUUUUUCCCAGUCCGAAUAUUUUUUUUUUUUUAGCGGCGACCAUAGUCCAAACAGCGUCCCUGCUGACGUGCACUGCUGACACUAGCAACAUGCCAGUUUACAAUAGACAAGCCAGUUUACAAUAGACAAGUCAAAAAAUAAAAUCGGCUUUAGAGAUUUGAUUUUAAGACAUAUCGCCCAGCCCCACCAAGAAUACACAAACCACUUAUGUGUUGCAUAUAGAUUCUUGCCUUUUAUGGCUCUAAGGUGGGGGGCUGACAGGCAGGCAGAGAAGUUUCAUUAACCAGGGAGGCUGCGUUGCAAGCGCACCACAAGAGAGGGAUGCUUUAAAACGGCCUGCCCGUAUGGGAGCUGAUUGGCAUUUAGGCAAAGUGAUGGGCCAGCUCCGUGUCGGGAGAUGCGGGAUCGAAAGAGCCCGACGGUAAAGGUUACAACAACAACGUCAUCUGGUACGUAACCAGUUUACUGGCAGCCAUAUUAAGAUGCAAAGUGUUGUUUGUGCCCAAAAAAAAAAAAAAAAAAAGGAUGCAAAGUGUAUGAACGGGGUUGCCUGCGAGAUGAGAUGCAGUUCAUCCAAACUGAAGAUAUCACACAUGCAGGCUUUUGUGUCCUGGCUCAAUGUGUGGUUCUGUGACGGUUCGGCUAAUUAACGCGGCCGCUUUGCCGUGCUCUGAAUGAGCGAGGAAAUUAAACGGGCUCCGUUAUCUCCUAAUAUUUGCACAACACAAGACGCGGCGGAGAAUCUCGGAUGGGUAUGACUGUUGGCUCGGAAAGCAGCAGGUAGAGGACACAGAAGUGG